AUAUACAUCUAGAGUCUAAUAAGCAAGAAUAAGCAAGUAGAAUAAGCAAGUGUAGUGAAUUGCUUUUAUUGGCGUUUCAUCGGAUUUGUUUUCGUUUUAUACUUCGGUAAAAUGUCAAGACUAGACAAGUUACAUUCCAGCCUGACGAAGCGAAUGUCGAUGGUCAUUCGUGAUAUUUGGGUGGAGGUGGAAGCGACGGUGAAGGACUAUCAAAAGGAAGCAGCCCAAACACGAUCAGAAAACGCGAGACUGAAACAGCAGCUCAAGGAUGUGCUGAGCAGGAAUAAGGCACAUUUAAACGGAGUCCACUAUGUCCCUCCUGAUGAAGUCUCACCCGCAGAAUUACCAGCAUGUGGUUAUGGGUCCCCAGUUGAAUCAGAAGAUCAGCAAAUAGAGGGCAAUGCCCAGAGUCAAGAUUCACCUAGUGAACUGAAGCCACGCAUACUAGAUGUCAUUUCAGUCUGUAAGACGGAGACAGAGGAUAGAGAGCAGGUGCAUCUAAAAGGUGUCUCAUCCGCAGGUGAAGAACGGCUCUUCCGUCAGUUCGACAGCUCGAGUACGGAUGAGACGUGGAACAGGAACGUGCCCACUGCGGCAACACCAAGGAUCAAGACAGAGCCCGAGGACACCAUCAUCACAAUAACAUCUUCAGUUACUACCACCCCUGCCCAUGCUGGUCCGUGUCAAGACUCAGAACCCGUUCACCAGAUGAGAACAGCCAGUGACAUUUCAACCAUGUCGAGGAGACCGCAGCGAAAGGAGUGCCUUCGCACACGAUACACCAAACCUAGAAGAGCAUCCACAAAAGAUCACGAUCAUGAAGGGCCAUAUAAGUGUAACAAAUGUGGAAGGCUCUUAAAGGACUUGGCAAAGCUGCAACUGCACAACAGAUUGCAUGAAAGGUCCUUCAUCUGUCACUGGUGUGGCAGAAAUUUCUCUAAGUUUGACUACCUUCGGAUGCAUAUGCGCACACACACCGGCGAACGGCCUUACCGCUGCAACUGGUGCUCAAAGACCUUCAGCCAGAGCGGAAACAUGAGGAGACAUGAGCGCACGUGCCGGAGUUUCAGUGAAGAACCAGCAUCGCACGCACUAGAAGAUCAACAGCUGCCCGCCGAGUGACCAAUGCGUCAUUGUUGCCAGAUCGCUGCAGGCACACCUCAAGAAAGAACCUGUUAUUGUGAUAGAGAGCUGACAUAAAAUUUUCAUUACAUAUAA